CAACUCCAACCAGGAAAGAAACAUUUUAUUUUUCUUUCGUCGUCUUCAGGAUUACAAAAACAGAUUUCUUGUUUAUAUAAGUACAUAAAUCAGUUGAAAAUGUCCGCUGGACCAGACCCUAUUCAUAUGACAUCUCUUGGGAAUGGCGACAGUUUGCACCAACAAGUUCUUGCCUCCUUUCCUUUGAGUGACAUGACCGAAGAAGAUCUGAUCAGGAACCCACAGUUGUGUAAACUACUUGCCACUUUGGCCCAACAUGUGGACCAGACUGGACUUACUGUGUCACUGAAAUCAGAGCUGGACAAGGCUGAGCAGAAGCUGCAGACCCAGAGGCGUCAUUGGCUGCACUCUGAGAGCCUCUACAGAGGGCUGCAGGAGAUGAUCCAGGACUGCUGUGUCAGGAAGCACCAUACCACUGUACCUCCUGACCAGACAAUGUUCUGUGAAACGGUGGACAAGUGUCUGCUGGUGGCUCAGUGUGUCAGAAUGCUGGAUCCCAGUAGCUCUAUCAACCAGGACCAGCCCUCUGUUCUGGGCCUGAACCCACAGCAGGUGCUGGAGCUCAUGCCAUCAGAGAAGACAGUACAAAGAAUGAAACAGAGUUUACCCAGAGAGCUGGAGAAACAUCUCAAGAAAAAGUGCCUGAACCUUCUCUCUUACUAUCAACCUGAAUGGGAGAAUGAGAGUGAGGGUCUGAAGAACAGCAAGUUGUCACAUCUCUCCGUCCUGCUGGACAAGGAGAAGAAACGGGCAGAGAGUCUGAAGGACACAUGCAGGGAAAACACAGUACUCCUGCAGAGACAGACUCAACUCUACCUCUCUGAGCUGAUUAAGUGUGUUCAGCUCCUUCAGUCUCUCAUCCUGGACCACAGACUGAAGACUCAGACUGAUCUGGAUGGAAAGAAGUUGGAAUACUUUGAAGGCAAAUGUGAACUUGUCUUACAGAAGAUAAAGGCUGAAAUGGUCGAAAUCCAGUUGGACACAUACACUGCAGAUGCAAUAUCUGCUCAUAGAAAGAUAAGAGGAAAGCUGGAGUCAGAGCUGAAGGCGUGUCAGGUGGAGAAGCAGUCUGUGGAGUUAAAACUGGCCUCCUUUGAGAUCUUGGGCAAAGACUUUGAGGCUCUGGCUCAGGAGUACUGCAAAUUACGACAGGAGAUUGAGAUGAAAAACUGGGCUGUGAAGGAGUUCAUGCAAUACAGUAAUAAGUGAAUCUCAUAUGUGAUUAUGGGAUGCCACCCACCCCCUGUAUUGCAGUGUGUCAGAGCUCAUGACACAGAGACUACACACUGCUGGUUGACAGAAUCUGCUCUUAACUCAACUACUUAAACUGCUUCAGUAAUAUGUUUUCUUAAGAAAAGACAAGCCCCAUUUCAUUAUAAUAGUAUUGUUGUUUGUGUGUGUAUUCUCCCAAACAGAAAUAUAAUGCAGGGUUCCCACGGGUCCUUGAAACUCUUGUGAAUUUGAAAGAUUUUGAAAAUUGUCAUAAAUAGACAUGGGUCAUUGAAA